GAACAGUUCUUCUUCUGCUUCUGAGUACCUUUUUUCUCCCGAUAAAUCCGAAUCCAGUCAAACUCCUCUUCCAACUGUUCAAUCAUUUUUUAUUUUAUUUUAUUUUUUAUUCGAACCCUUUUCGUUUCAGUCCACAUUAGAUAAAAGAGAGAAAGAAAAUUCUGAUUUCGCCUACGUAAAAUUUCCAAAACGAAAUCAAACUGUUCCUCUAAAAAGCAGCGAAGUAUUAUUAAGGUAUAUUCUUCUUCCGCAGAGAGAAAUCCCCCCUUCUUGCAGACGUAAUACGUGCAUAUGUGUUGUGAACCCGGGAUUUUCUAGGGUUUUGAAUCGCCAUGAGGAAGAAGCUUGAUACCCGUUUCCCAGCCGCUAGGAUCAAGAAGAUUAUGCAAACUGAUGAAGACGUGGGAAAGAUUGCAAUGGCUGUUCCCCUUCUAGUAUCGAAAGCUUUGGAAUUGUUCUUACAAGAUCUUUGUGACCGGACUUACGAUGUUACUGUUCAAAAGGGUGCAAAAACUGUUAAUUCACUACACUUGAAACAGUGUGUACAGAGCUUUAAUGUGUUUGAUUUUCUGAGAGAUAUAGUAAAUAGGGUUCCAGAUUUAGGUGGUUCAGAAGCUGUGGUCGAGGGUUCUGCUAGGAAAAGGAAAACUUUUGAAGAUGAAGGUAACAACUGUGAUGAUGAAACCAAGAGGAGCCAUGUGGUUGAGAGUGUGCACACCAGUGGGAGGGGGCGGGGAAGAGGAAGAGGAAGAGGAAGAGGCCGUGGAAGACCUCGAGUGUCAGAGAAAGAAUCGACAAUGCAUGAUGAGAAGUUUGAAGAUGAUCCUGACGGAUUCCAAUUUAAUGGAGAGAAAAUAAGGAGAAACUCAGAAAGUCUGGAUGACGAGUCAUUUUCAGAUGAUAGAAAGGAGUCUUUGGUAGGGGAGACUGCUCAAGUGCCAGGUAGAAACUUUGAUCUUAACAUGGACCUAAAUGAUAAUACAGACAUAGUUACAGCAACUGGUGUUCCUUCUGCCACAUUGUCCAAGCCUGUAGCUGAGUCAAAAGAUGAAGAGUAUCCUGGUUGGUCUGUUGCUGACAUGAAGUCAAUGGCUAUUGAUCCUCUUCACUUUGCGAAUUUGAAUCAGCGGUUUGAUGAGGAAGAAGAAGAUUAUGAUGAUGAUGGGUAAACUCUUAUCUGCUGGUGAUAUAUACACAACUUCUCAAAGUCGAUAGUUAAUAAUCCCCAGUCAAGUUACUGUAUGUUGACUCUCCAGAAGAGAAGAAAAGUAGUCAAAUGCUUUAGGUGAGUAGGAAUAGAUGUUAUUCAUAGGCUUUUUGUUUUGUAGGUUUCAACAUACUCCCUAGCAACAGGUCUCACAGUGCUGCCGUCCGCCCCUGUCAAGUUUAACCAUGUCUCGUUAGCUUUUCCUGUAAUUAUGAAUUACAUUGGUUAGAAUCUGUCAUUUCUUUAAACAAAGUACUUGCUGAUGACAAAAAAAGAAAAUCAUCUGACUGUGCCAACCGCAUUUUUUCAUGAUUGCCAUGUUGUUCUGCUUUGGGCUGUUGUCUCUACUUUCUGUUCUCGUCUUAACUUGUGCAGUUCUCG